GUUUUGAACCGUCAACAAUUUCGCGCAAAUCGUUUCUUGUCAAGUUUGAUCAUUUUUGAAAUUGUAUUUUUUAUCUAAGCUUAUUAUCUGUAAAAUAAAAGAUUUGUCAGGCAUAAGACAAACUGAGUAAUGCCGAAAGCUAAAAAGUCACAGCAAAAAUCAGUUAUGGAAUAUUUAAUGGGUCGAGAGAAUAAAACAACAGAAGAAAACGAUGUUGCUGAACAAAUUAUACUUCCAUACUUUCUUUUGAGAGCAAACAAUAUAUUGGCUAACACACAUUAUGAAUGUUCACCUUUUUGUAAAACAUUUUUCCAAACGCAUUCCAACAUUGAUGAAAUUACUUCAAACUUUGUGAAAAAAUUUAAUAAAAAAGGAAAAGGCUCGUUGGAUCCAGAAGAGAUUUACAAAGGAACUAUGAUAAGGAUUGUGACGUCAGAUCUAAACAGAAAACGAUCUCAAUUGUAUCGUCAGUUUUCAUUUCAUGGUCCUGCAGAUGAAAGCAUUGCAAGAAAUCUCCUAAUUUAUCCAAGUAUUAAAAAUGAGACAAGAUUUGAUGAGUUCUGUGCAUUCCAGAAGCAAUAUGGCUUGAAACUGUGUGAAGUGUCCAUGAAUCAAGGAAAUUUAAUUCAUAAUGACGGUCUCAACUACUAUAAUAGAAAGACGGAGCAAUAUAAAGAUACUCGCAAGAUUAUCAACAUCACCGCAAUGAACAGACUGAUAAAGAGCGACAGGAUGAAAUCGCUGCAAGUUACGACAACUUUUACUCAGACACAAAUGCUGAGAAUGAGUACAAAGAACUCUGUAGAACCGAACCAAACAUUAAAAUUUUAUGAAAUGUACAAAAGCAGAGAUCAGAAAGAAAGAAAAUUUCCGCCUUUUCAUAAUCUUUACGACAAAACAGUUGCCUCACCUGAUGAAUCAGAUUCAGAUGAUUCUGAGGAUCAAGAAAUUUGUGAACCAUCAUCAAGUUCAGGAAUCUCUGAAGUGAAAAACCCAAAGAAACUUCCACGAUUACAAUUGAAAAACUGUGAAAGAUUUGAUCGUCAUGGUUCGUCAUUCGUUUCACUUCCAAAUCAAAAUGUUGUCAUAAAUAUUCCUUCAACUUCUGACAGUCAUUCUAGUCAUGAUUCAAAUGUCACUGUCCGACGUAAGACUCCAAAUAUGAUUGAACACAACGAAAUUAUUCCACUUCCACACUUUUAUGUUGAGUCCAAGCCUUAUUCAAAUCUAACAAGAGAUGAAAAAAUUUUAUUGAGAACUUUGCUAUCGGAAGUGACAUUUGUGCACCAAGUCAGACAAAAUUUGUCGCAUUUGUACGAACUUAAUUUUGAGCAAAUUUGGGAGGAAAACAAGAAAACAAUUCUCAUAAAUUAUGCUAAGGAAAUUUUAAAUCGUAAUUCCCAGGAGUUGCUUCCACUCACUGAGAAAUUCAAACCUCAAAUUAAAGAAAAAGUUGUUAAAUUGAUUGAGAAGAUCGAAGGAGAGAAACUUUCAUUGCGUCAACGACAAAAACAAAUUGAAGAGCAAUCAAGAGUAAUAAUUGUGGCGAAUGAAGUGUUAGUUGAAGCUCAAGGAAAUGAUAUAGCAGAGCAGGAAGUUGAAACCGAUAAUCAAGUUGUGUCUUCAGAAGAAAAUAAAAAAAUAUUGCAGGAAAAUGUUGAUGCUGCUAUCGAGUCUGCCAUUCAAGAUAUUCAAUUGGAGCAGGAAAUAGAAAUUGAUCAGCAAGAUGAUCCAUCAGAAAAUGUCAAUAAACAAGAAUCACAAGAGAGUGAUGAUCAAUUACCGCAGCAAGUACAAAACGAUCAUCAAAAUGAUUCAGAAAGUGUAAAUAAAAGCAAAUCACAAGAAAAUGUCGAAGUCAUUAUGCUUUCACCAGGACUUUUACCUAUGGCAAGAGUGUUGCCAACAAUCAAAAGAGAAAAAAUGUCACAAUCAGAGAAGUUUUUGGAAGAUUCAGAAAUUCUUUGUCUUGGACCAGUUGUGGCAGAAGAAAUUGUGAUUAGCGACUCUGAAGAUGUUGAUGCUUCUUUGAUUGCAACAUAUCAAGAUGAUGCUGCAAAUCCUUACAUUGACGAAGCCGCUGGUGCGAGUCAAAUGCCUGACUCAACCGAGGAAAGUUUAGGAAGUGAACGAACUGAUGAAACUUUAAAUAAAUUGCGACAGUUUGAACCACUAUCAACUCGACAAUUUAUUAAUGAUCGCGAGCACUUGAAUUCAAACAAAGAUGAUUGUAAUGUGAAUAAAAAGAGACCAAGAACAUCUAUGGCUAAUAGUGGGGAAGUUAAAAGAAAAUGCUUAAACAAACCAUGCCCGAAAAGUAAGAAACCAUUCAAUAGAGCAAUGCCGGGAAAUCUUCACUCUCAAUUAAUGGUUGAAAAUCCUCAAGUCAUCGACAGUGCCUUUUCUUCUAGUAGUGUUAAUGAACAGCCACCAUUCACUUUUAAUCAAGAUUCAUCAUUGUUGUCAUCAGUUGCAGUUCCUUCAUAUCCCACAUGCUUUGUUGUCAACCUUCAACGUGUGACUUAUGAUGAAAUCAAGGGAUUAAACUUUUAUUUGAACGUCCCGCAAUAUUCAAUGUACGAUAUUGUUGUGGCAAACGAGAAUAUCAAGACAAUUCUUAAUAUUUCAAGUGAAAAAUUUGGCACAAUAACUUCACUUCUUCGUACCCUUGAAAAAUAUGAAUUUACGUUAAAUAAGCAAAAUUAUUCUGUUGCCAUUAUUGAUUCAACUCAAUCAUUGUCAAUCAAAAACUCAUUAGAUUUAUUUUUUUCAUCUCAGAUACAAUUUAAAACAUUUCAAUUAACUGUUGAUGAUUUAGAAACGAUUGUUUGUGUUGAUCAAGCAAGUUGUCAUCGAAAUAAUUUAGAUCUUUCUAAUGCUGUUGAUCAACAUGUCCUAUGAAGUUUAAGAUAAUUAGAUGUUUAAGUUAUUUUUUCUCGAUUAUUAUUGUUGUGUUUGGAAAAUAAAAUUUUUUAAAGAUAAAAUCUUUUAUCUUAACAUAAA